AGAGUCUCUGGUCUAGAAGAAUAAAAGGAAAUUGCCGGAAGUAGGAAAGCCACCGGAAACUACAAUUCCCAGAAAACUGCGAGGACUUUUUCCGCAACUGAUCCUUAACUCCGCCGGGGUUUGAUUUUACUGUAUGUGGGAAAGUAGCGUCAUGACGCAAAGAAGGCGGGUCCGGCGUGAAAGCAAAGGGAAGUAUUCGAUCCUUUUUUCGUGGUUGGCUGGCUCAGUUGCGGCGGGGGACCUUCUUGGAGGACUAGCUCAUCCCUUGGCUUUUUGCGGUUGCGCCAAGCGCUCCCAGUAGCGGCUUCGGAGCCUGGUCUACUUGGGGGUCGUGAGAGGUGGGAACGUCGGUGGGUCUGUCCGAUUCUUCUUCAUGGAGGCGGGCCUUUGCGCCCAGCCCUUGCUUACGGUGCCUGGCUUUCUUUAUUGGCGUGAACAUGAACUGGUAGUGGUGGGACCCGGCGGAGCUGGUUAGUUAGCGGGCUACUUGGCUAACGCGGGAGGGGCUGGCUCGCUGCCUGCUCCAGCGGCGGUCAGUCGAUCUGGUGGGGAUAGAAGAGGCUUUGGCGUCACCCCGCCAUGAACUAUCAGCAACAGCAGCAACAGCUGGCGAAUUCUGCGGCCAUCCGGGCGGAGAUCCAUCGGUUCGAAUCGGUGCACCCCAACAUCUACUCCAUUUAUGAGUUACUGGAAAGGGUGGAAGAGCCAGUGCUGCAAAACCAGAUCAGGGAGCACGUCAUCGCCAUUGAAGAUGCUUUUGUAAAUAGCCAGGAAUGGACACUAAGUCGAUCAGUGCCAGAACUAAAAGUGGGAAUUGUGGGGAAUUUAGCUAGUGGUAAAUCUGCUCUUGUACAUCGUUAUCUGACUGGGACCUAUGUCCAGGAGGAAUCACCAGAAGGUGGAAGAUUCAAGAAAGAGAUAGUAAUUGAUGGACAGAGUUAUCUAUUGUUAAUUAGAGAUGAAGGAGGUCCUCCUGAAGCACAGUUUGCCAUGUGGGUGGAUGCCGUUAUCUUUGUCUUUAGCCUUGAGGAUGAAAUUAGCUUCCAGACAGUGUAUCACUAUUACAGCCGUAUGGCAAACUAUCGUAAUGCUAAUGAAAUCCCAAUGUUACUAGUCGGAACUCAGGAUGCUAUAAGUUCGAAUAAUCCUCGGGUCAUUGAUGAUACUAGAGCACGGAAACUAUCCAACGAUUUGAAGAGAUGUAUCUACUAUGAAACUUGUGCUACGUAUGGGCUGAAUGUGGAGCGAGUUUUUCAGGAUGUGGCACAGAAGAUUGUUUCAACCAGGAAAAAACAUCAGCUUUCAAUAGGUCCUUGCAAAUCAUUACCAAAUUCUCCAAGCCACUCAUCAGUAUGUUCAACCCAGGUCUCUGCAGUACAUAUUAGCCAGACCAGUAACGGAGGAGGGAGUUUAAGUGAUUAUUCUUCCUCUGUCCCAUCUACUCCAAGCACCAGUCAGAAGGAACUACGAAUUGAUGUGCCACCUACUACUAAUACUCCAACACCUGUUCGUAAGCACUCCAAGCGCCGGUCCAACCUUUUCACAUCUCGGAAAGGGAGUGAUCCAGACAAAGAGAAGAAAGGAUUGGAGAACAGAGCAGAUAGUAUUGGAAGCGGUCGUGCAAUCCCAAUUAAACAGGGAAUGCUUUUAAAGAGAAGUGGCAAAUCAUUAAAUAAAGAGUGGAAGAAGAAAUAUGUUACUCUUGGGGACGAUGGUGUAUUGACCUACCAUCCAAGCUUACAUGACUAUAUGCAAAAUGUUCAUGGAAAAGAAAUUGAUCUUCUGAGGACCACAGUUAAAGUGCCAGGGAAGAGGCCACCUCGUGCCACAUCAGUCUGUGCACCUAUCUCUAAUCAAAGAACAAAUGGCUUGUCCAAAGAGAUGAGCGGUUUACAUAUUUCACCAAAUCCAGGAAAUGUGACUACUAGUACAUCUGUGUCUCAUAUGGCGAGUGGCAUCAGUCUUCUUUCCUUUAACAGUCGACCUGAUGGGAUGCAUCAACGAUCCUAUUCAGUUUCUAGCGCUGAUCAGUGGAGUGAAGUGACAGUUAUUGCAAAUUCUGGUAUCAGUAAUGAUACUGGUUUGGGAGAUUCUCUGUGUUCCAGUCCAAGUAUAUCUAGCAAUACGAGUCCUAAAUUGGACCCACCGCCUUCCCCUCAUGCAAACAGAAAAAAGCAUCGAAGGAAGAAAAGCACUAGCAAUGUUAAAGCUGAAGGUAUCUCAGGAACUGCUGAAGAUCAAGAAGAAAAUUUUGAAUUUAUCAUUGUGUCCCUUACUGGCCAGACAUGGCACUUUGAAGCUACAACAUAUGAAGAAAGAGAUGCCUGGGUCCAAGCAAUAGAGAGUCAGAUUCUGGCCAGCCUACAAUCGUGUGAAAGCAGCAAAAAUAAGUCCCGACUGACAAGUCAGAAUGAGGUCAUGGCUCUUCAGUCAAUAAGAAAUGUCAGAGGAAAUUCUCACUGUGUAGACUGUGAAAUACAAAAUCCCGAUUGGGCAAGUUUAAAUUUGGGAGCUCUCAUUUGUAUUGAAUGCUCAGGGAUACACCGAAACCUUGGUACACAUUUAUCACGUGUCCGUUCACUUGACUUGGAUAAUUGGCCUGUUGAACUCAUCAAAGUAAUGUCCUCCAUUGGAAAUGAAUUAGCAAAUAGCAUAUGGGAAGAAAAUACCCAAGGCCGUGCAAAACCUGUUCCAAACUCCACAAGGGAAGAGAAAGAGCAGUGGAUCCGGGCCAAAUAUGAGCAAAAACACUUUCUUGCUCCAUUGCAAUGUUUAGACCUUUCUUUAGGUCAGCACCUACUACGAGCAACUGCAGAGGAAGAUUUGCGGACUGUCAUCCUGCUUCUUGCACAUGGAACACGUGAAGAAGUGAAUGAAACCUGUGGAGAAGGAGAUGGGCGAUCAGCUUUACAUUUGGCUUGCAGGAAAGGAAAUGUCGUGUUGGUGCAGCUCUUAAUUUGGUACGGUGUUGAUGUUAUGGCAUGCGAUGCUCAUGGAAACAGCGCUUUAGCCUAUGCGAGACAAGCAACAAGCCAAGAAUGCAUUGAUAUCCUCCUGCAAUAUGGUUGUCCAGAUGAGCACUUUGUCCUUAUGGCUACUCCCAAUUUAUCCCGGAAGAAUACUAACAAGAACAACAGCAGUGCAAGGAUGCCUUCCAUCAUCUGAGAUGUUGUUAAGUAGCUCUGGAAGUGUUAAUACACAAGGAAAAAAAGAAUUACGGAAACCAUUUAUAGUAAUACAAUGAUUUUGAAUGAAAACAAUAUACAAAGGAGAAGAUGAAGAGGGAUCAUGGAUAUGCUAAUGAAAUAGCUCAUGAUGGGGGGACCAUUUUACUGGAUGUCUCUAGGUGGGUUUUUUAGGAGUAUUGCAUGAGAGUUACCGGAGAGACAAUACAGGGAAAAAGAGUGGGGGGAAAUGUAACUUUCUUUAACUGACAGUUAAACGCAUUCAUACAUUUUAUCUCUACCAAACUGAACAUUUGGGUUUCAUUCUCUUUUCCAAAGAGCUUGACGGCAUAAAUCAGAGGCAAGCACAGAGUUUGUCAGGUCUGAAGCUCCUAUGAUGGUAUGUGUCAAAUCAGUUGUAGCUAAUCUGUCCAGAGAGAAUACUGGCUUCAUUACACUUAUAUAGUUGAGUUCUUCCAGCAUUACUGCUGUUUAAUAGAACAUGAUUAGUCAUCAUGGAGAAAAAGGCAUAUUAGCCGAGGAGGUAGUUACAUGGCACGCUUCAGUGAUUGCUUGGAUGUGAUUGCAAUAUUCUUAGAAGCAUCAUAUUAUCUCAGACAUGUUCUUUCAAGCACUUGGAGCCUUCCUUUCUAAAUUCACUGUCAUAAUUUAGUAUCUGUUUAAUUUUUCAGUCCAAAGAGAGAAAUCCAGUUGCUGAGCAUUAUUUGACUACAGCCUCAUUGCUGGAAAAACAAAAUAGAAAAAAAUAUAUAAAUAGCCAUGAAAUGCAAAGAGGAAUAAUGAAUAUCGCUAGCAAAAAUAUAUUUCAUGUACAUUCAAUGAGAAUAACUAUAUAAAAAGCCUUCUUUUUAAUAUUGUGUCAUUUUCACCAAGAUAAAUUAGCUGGAAUCUUUCAUGUGCAUUUCCUAAAUUAAGCAGAUUUUGCAUUGUAUUUCUUGGUUAAAAGUAUAAAAAAAAAGAAUUCUAAAUGUUCAUAAAUAUGCAUUUAUUUUUUUAAGUACAUACACUUUUGUUAAUUUAUAAAUUGCAAUUAAUGUAAAAUAAUUUGCAGAGAGUAAUAAUCUAAAGAUCACAGAUCAUAAUGAUAAAUCAUGGAAACAAUGCCAGGUUUUUUUUUAUUCCUUUGAUGGAGACCACAUCUGAUUAUCGUAUUGUCACGUUUGUUUAUAGAAAAAUUAUCAUGAAAUAUGAUUUGGAAGGGCAGGAUUUGCUUUCCAGAAACACAAAUAUCCACUGCUUAUUGUUGUGGCACUGUAUACUCUCAAUGGAGGAAGGCUGAAAACUAUAAGCAAAGAAUGCAGAAAAUGAGGCAUGUCCUAGUUACCUUGAUAUUACUCUUUUAAAGGGAAUAUGACUUCUUGCAUUCCAAAGCAAUUUGGUUGAAUAGGCUGACUUGGAAAGAAUCUAACAUUUAAUUAUAGAUUAUAAUCAUUUUAUUAUUUUAAGUAGCACUGUACUAUUUCUUGUUUUUCCUUUCUUUGUUUGAGAAAAGAAAAACAUAAUAGACAAUGAAGAUUUGUUAAUACUAGAUAGAAAAAGUCAUAGGCAAUUUUUAAGACCAACUGAAUAGUUACAAUAUGUAUAUGUAUAUGUAUUUCUUUGAAGGAAAAAUAUUUGGAGAAAAUAUGACAAUGGAUUACAAAUGUAUUGAUAAGAUAAAAAAAGAUUUUGAACUGUUUCUUGAAAAAUUAAGAAACAGUUGAAUUUAUUUAUUGGCAUGGCUUUCUGCUUUCAUAUAUUGUGUUUCUAAGAUUUUAAAGAGCUAGAAAUUAUUUAUGAUAGCAAUCUCACAAUAUGAAUAUAAGUUUAUCUUUUGGAACAUAUUCAAACAUAUCAGUGUCUGCAGCAAGCCAAGUUAUGUCAAAAUGGUUACAAUGUAAACUGUACUCCUAUGUACUACAUGGGAUGUCAUGAAUGCAAUACAAAAGAGGUGGGGUUUGCAUUGCAAUCUUCAGUCACAUAUUUUAUAAGUUGUCCUCCCUUGAGCCUGCUGUCCAUGAAACAGACACUAGUUUAAAAUAUCUUUCUUCACAGUUCAUAUUUAAUAGUGCUACCUAUUGUCUUCCAUUCACAAUGUACGCUAGCUGACAUGUUCUUGAAUACCUCCACCAAUUGCAGGGGAAGGACAGGAGAAUAUCUGCUGUCUUUCAGAGAGGCACUGGACUUCUUUUAAGUUAUAAUAAAACAGGCCUGUCAAAUUGGCAGCCUUACUGGCUGGAUAUGGCCCACACAGGCCAUGCCCACCCUGGCUCUGCAAAGGCAAAAAACAUUGCGAUACAUCAUGAUACGGACCAUGAAGUGAUCAAGUUUGACACCCCUGCACUUGGAAAGAAUCUAGCAUUUAAUUAUAGAUUAUAGUCAUUUUAAUAUUUUAAGUAGCACUGUACUAUUUUUUGUUUUUCCUUUCUUUCUUUGUAUGAGAAAAGAGGUUUAAUUUACUAUUAAAUAAUGGGGGGGGGAGUUUAGUGGAGUAUGAAGAAUAAGUAAUAAAUGUUUACCGGUAAUAUCUGGUAGAAGAGGUAGGAAAAUAGUCAUAGUAAAGAACUGUGGAAAGAACGAAGAGAAAGGGGGAAUGCAUCUUGAGCUUGUGUCAAACGCCCACCAUGGCCAUGCCCAACCCUGGCAACCCACCACCUCGGCCCUCCAAGGUCAAAUACAGCCCUGAUGUGGCCCUCAGUGAAAUUGAGUUUGACACCCCUGCUUUAGGACAUUCUUCUUGUUAUCAUGCUAUAGUAUAUCUAUACUGGGAGAUCUUUAGAUAGAAGUGAUUCUUCAUAAUAAAUCUACCUUGAGUUGAUCCUUGAUGACCACAUUAAGAAAUCUAUGUUGUUUUCUUGGCAACAGUAUAGAAGAGGUUACUCAUUGUCUUUUCCAAUAUUUUAAUUUUCCAAUCUAGUACCAUCUUUACAGACCUGGGGCUUUCUGCUGGUCUUUCAUCCAGGAACUAAUGAAGUCCAGUUAGAUGUCACCAUAUUUUAUGGUUAUAACAAAUUAUACAAAAUAUACACCUCUCCCUCCCUCCCUCCCUCUCUCUCUCCACACUCUUAAGUGAAAGGGAGGCAUGUAAAAGUUUAUGUAUGUAGUACAUAAACUAGUGUGUGAAUGUGUUUGUGUGUGUAUACAGACACACACACACAUACAUUUUAGUGUCUUCUUUUCAGAUUAAGAGUGUGUCUUAAGAGUAUUAAUAUGUUAAAUAAUUGCCAGGUAUACAUUCAGUUUUACCAGUUUUACCAAGUCUCUUUACAUGUUUGCACAACAUUUAUAUGUAUCUGUGGUUUGUUCAAAGUGGUUUAAAAUUGUAAGUUUUUCAAUAAGCCUAGACAGUAGCAGGUAAACUCAGGCAAGUGCGAAUCCUACUUCUUGAUUUUUGUCUACUAUUUGCACUGUGUUGUGAAUGUGUUGCUAUAUUUGUCACAUUUUGAAUGAAACAUUCUCUUAUAUAUUAUACCUGAUUCCUUCCUUAUUUGUAUAUAUGUGGCUAUACAUAUUUCAAGUACACUAUCCCCAGCUUUUAAGGAAAUAAUUACCAAAUAUCCCUGAUUUAGUUUAUAGUUUGUAAACUUGUCAGAUCUCCAAAAAGAAUUUUAUUUCAGUUAGAAAAAAAAAUCAUUAUCAAACAAUACAUCUAGGUAUAGAUUGAGAUGUGUAUUGAAUUCUGAUAGUAAUUUAAAAGAACAAAUUUCUAUAACAAUUGGCAAUUUUUUAAUCACUUCACAGUUUCUUAACUUGGCCAUCUUUUCCCCACUUCAUCAACAACAGUUUCUUCCUUAUUACAGCUGUCCACUAAGAUGGCUGUGCUCACUGCAUAUACAUGUAACAAAGUAGCACAUUUUACCAGUAAUUGAAAAAAAAUUCUUUCUGCAAAAAUAGAUAUAUUAUGGGUAUCAUUAAUAUUUUCCACUUAAGUUACACUUCUCCAAUAUACCAUUUAAUUAUUAAAAGUAUUUAACUAUUAACUAUUAAAGAGCAAUUUUCAUUUAUCAUAUCAAUUCCUAUGGGAAAAGUUUUUCCAGAAAAAAAAAAUCCAGACAACACCUGUGCUACAAUCAGAAAGCAAGAACUUAUCUUCA